AUGCACAGAAUAAAAAAGUACAAGUCAUCUGUCAUAUUUAACACAAAGCCUUUAAUGCGUCCUAUGAAUCGUUUCAUCAAUACAUCUUCACUUCAGUCACUAAUACUUAAAAUACCCAAACCUUCAUCACCACCAUUACCCACAGAUAUAUCCAAUGAUCAUAAUACCCAAACAAUGUCCAAUCAAGAACAAGAACCCGAAGAUACUUCAUUAACACCAAAUGAAAUAGAAAUGAUUCGUGAAUCAUCAUUUGUGCAAGCAUUACCACCACAUGAACAUGAACAACAAAUAAUUUAUCCACCAAAAAUCCAAUCAAUAUCAACAUAUAUACCAUUAAACGAAGAAGGACUCCUAACUUAUCAACGUCCUAAACAUGUACCCACACCUUUCCAAAUAUAUACCACGCCUAGAGAUGAUCAAAAACUUGAUCCUGGUGUUGGAAGUCAUUCAGGUACUUCAGUUUCCAAAUUCCCAAGAUUAAGUGUCACGAAAAUACUUACACAAUCAUGGUGUGAAUUAAGAGAUUGGUAUGAUGUUUAUUCAAUGGCUGCUAGAGAGGAAACUGAGGCUAUGAGACGUGGGAAAGAAUCACAUUUAGCUUUAGAAUUAGAAACUCAUCCUUUAGUUGAUAUGACCACUGUGGAGGAAGCUAUACCUGAAUUUAUAAGGAAACCUAUUGAUAUAUAUGCUGAAAGUAUUGUUGAUACUUUAAAUAGACUGAUUACAUUAUUAACAAAAGGUCGUGCUAGAGAAAUUUAUGUUCAUGGAUUUAUUGAUGAAUUUGGAGUUGUGGAAGAUUCUAAGGAUGUUAAAAAUGAAACAAUGAUUGUUACUGGUGUUAUUGAUCAUUUAGUUUUAUUAAGUUCAGACACCAAUAGACCAUUAGAAUAUGAAUUUAAUCAAUUUGAUGAUUUAAAAGAUAUCGUGGAAUUUGGAGAUGAUAUUUGUGAUGCAUUGGAAGAUAGAUAUAGAUUAGUUGUUAGUGAUGUUAAGACAAGAUCAAGAAGAUUUAUACCAAAUCAAGAAAGUGUUUUGAAAAGUGCUAAAGAUCAAGUUAUGAUUUAUAAAAAAUUCUUAGAUGUCUUGGGAGAAGAUAAUAAUGGUGUUAGAUGGUUAGAAGAAUAUUGUUUCAGGAAAAAAUUAAAUAUUGAUGAACCUUUAUCACCUGAAAUUAUAUUAGGAUUGAUUCAUACAUAUCCAAUUUUCUUUAAAGAUUUUGAAAGAAUGAGAGAUGGUGAAUCAAUUGAUGAUCCAUUAUUUGAUAAUCAUUCUCAAAAAUAUAUGAAAUAUGAUUUAUCAUACCUUAAAAAUCAAAUUCAUGAUCCAGAAAUGUUAAAAAUAGUUGAACCAUUCCUUACGACAUGGGAAACUAUACCAACUACAAGAUAUUUCAUAACAAGAUUAUCACAUAUAUUCAGAUUCAUCUCCAAAUUAAGUCAUGGAGAUCUUAGAGUGGAAUAUUAUUAUCAAAAUGAAAAUUUCCAUACUUUAAAUUUCCAAUAUGAUGAAAAUGAAACUUCAGUUGUUGUGGCUAAAGGUUUAGAAUUUUGGUUAGGUAGAAGGGAUCCUGAACCUGUUACAGGUAUGAAAUUUAAUUCAAUUUGUAAAUAUUGUGAAUUUCAACCAUUUUGUUCUUGGAAUAAAGAAUUGUCUGAAAUGAAUUUCCAACAACAUCAGUGGUAA